AUUGUUUUGCUGUAUUGAAUCGUUUCCAAAAACAAAAACUUUUUGUUAGUUCAAGAAAACAUAAUCCAUAGCUCUUAUUUUAGAGUUUCACUUGACCUUCUUGUUUACCUUUUUUUUGGUAGACUUGAAAAUCAAGAAUGUCUCUGCCAGUUAUCUACACACCAAUUACCAAGCUACAAUUAAACUGGGAAAAUACUCAAGGUGGACCCUGUGGGAAUCAGUACAUGGAUUUUAUGAGAUGUGCCAGUAGAACUGGUAUGGAGAAAGCUAAAUAUGAGUGUAAGAAUGAACUGGCAGACUUUCAUGAAUGUCUUAGGAAAGGAAAACAGUUGGAGCGUGUUAAAAUAAUGAAUGCAGAGAGGAAGAGACAAAAAAGACCACCCAUUGAACCCCUGGCAAAAGAUAUUCCUGAAAGAGGAUACUAGAGAUGUGUAUCUUUCAAUGUGUUAAAAUUUGUACAGAAAAAAAUGAUAUUUAGAGCUUAUUUUUAAACAAAUAAAAGGCUUUUGUUUAAA